AGCACAUAGUCAUCUAAAAACCGUGUAUACUUUCCAUCUAAAAAUCAAAACCCUAUUUUCGACACAAAUCCAUAUUAGCACAAACCAUAUAAAUCUCUUCUUCCAUUCAUUUCAAAAACCUCCCAACCCAAACCCUUUCUCCCCUUGUAUGUUACACCAUGAAGAUUUUCAACCCUUCUAAAUCCUUUCUUCAAAACGUCGUCGCUCCUUUCGACACCAUUUUCAUCAAAAACAUGAAGCUCAACACCCUCGGUGCUUCCCACGUUAAACAAUUCCAUUUCCGCAGCAACAACUGAUCGAUCCUUUUACCAAAAUACCCCUCCCCCUAAAACCUCUUUCCACCCUCCAUUUCCACCCUCCAUUUCCACCCUCCAUUUCUUUCUUUCGAAAUGGAUCGUAUCAAUAUUAUCAAGAAAAGAACCAUUCUGUUUAACAAAUACGAGAUAGGUAAAACGCUAGGUCAAGGAAAUUUCGCCAAAGUGUUUCAUGGAAGAAACGUUAGCACCAACGAGAACGUUGCUAUAAAAGUGAUUAAAAAGGAGAAGCUCAAAAAAGAGAGACUCAUGAAACAAAUCAAACGCGAAGUUUCUGUUAUGAGUCUCGUUCGUCAUCCUCACAUCGUUGAACUCAAAGAGGUUAUGGCGAACAAAGCCAAAGUGUUCAUGGUUGUUGAAUACGUCAAAGGCGGCGAGCUUUUCGCGAAAGUUGCCAAAGGGAAGAUGAAGGAAGAGAUUGCGAGGAAGUACUUUCAACAAUUGAUUAGUGCGGUUGAUUUUUGUCAUAGCCGCGGUGUUACGCAUCGUGAUUUGAAGCCGGAGAAUCUGUUACUGGAUGAGAAUGAAGAUCUUAAGGUUUCUGAUUUUGGAUUGUCGGCGUUGCCGGAUCAACGACGAUCCGACGGGAUGCUUGUUACGCCGUGCGGGACUCCGGCUUACGUUGCGCCGGAGGUUUUGAAGAAGAUUGGAUAUGAUGGAUCAAAGGCUGAUAUUUGGUCUUGUGGUGUGAUUCUGUAUGCUUUGCUUUGUGGAUAUUUGCCUUUUCAAGGUGAGAAUGUCAUGAGGAUUUAUAGUAAAUCUUUUAAAGCGGAUUAUGCUUUACCGGAAUGGAUUUCACCGGGGGCCAAGAAUUUGAUUAGGAAUUUGCUUGUUGUUGAUCCUGAAAAGAGGUUUUCGAUUGUUGAUAUAAUGAAAGAUCCUUGGUUUCAAUUAGGGUUUAUGAGACCUAUUGCAUUUUCAAUGAAGGAAUCUGCUGUGGAUGAUAACAUUGAUUUUAGUGGUGAUGAUGAAGCGAAUAGUGAUGGGAGUAAUGCCGAGGUUGUGGGCGGGAUCGGUACGAAUCAUAUGAGGAGGCCGUCUUAUAAUGCGUUUGAGAUAAUUUCGUCGUUGUCAAAUGGAUUUGAUUUGAGGAACUUGUUUGAGACUAGGAAGAGAUCACCGUCGAUGUUUAUAUCGAAACUGUCUGCUUCGGCGGUGGUUGGGAAGCUGGAGAAUGUGGCGAAGAAGCUGAAUUUGAAGGUAACGGGGAAGAAGGAUUUCAUGGUGAGAAUGCAGGGGAUGACGGAGGGGAGGAAGGGGAGAUUGGGGAUGACAGUGGAGGUGUUUGAGGUUGCGCCGGAGGUGGCGGUGGUGGAGUUUUCUAAAUCGUCUGGAGAUACUCUUGAGUAUGUGAAGUUUUGUGAAGAUGAAGUUAGACCUUCUCUCAAAGACAUUGUUUGGAGUUGGCAGGGUGAUUCUCAUUCAUCAUGCUAAUUCUCAAUCACAUCAGUAAUUUUAUAUUUUUUUACAUCAAAAUCUAGAAAUAUCUCAGGCCUGUUAGAUGUUUUCGUUAGUGUAAUUCAUUUAGAUUGGCAUUACAAGAUUCAUAAAUGUUUGAUAUUUCAUUUGAGGUUUGUAAUUAGCUUCUAAUAAUACGUCACUGAUGUUGUUGGCUUAA